AUGCCUGGCCCCGACGCCGCCCUGGCGAGCGUGCUCGCGUGGUUCGACACACAUGCUGAUUCGUGGGACAAUGUGGGCCUUCUUGCGCAAGCGCCCGUGCCCCGCAGCGACGGCGGCGUGUUCCUCGCGAUUGACCUCUCGCCGGCCGUCGCGGACGAGCUGCUGCAGCGCGGCGACUGCAGCGUGGCCGUGGUGUACCACCCUGUGAUCUUCCGGCCGACCAAGUCGAUCACGAUGGCCGACCCGCUGCAGCGCUCGAUCCUGCGGUGCAUCGCGGCGGGCAUCCACCUGUACUGCCCUCACACGACGCUCGACGCGUGCCGCGGCGGGAUCAACGACUGGCUCGUCGCCGGCCUCGCGCACGCGUGGGAGGCGGCGCCGCCGACGCGCGAUGCGCUGCUGGAGGCGACGCUCGCAUCGCCCGGCCGCGUCGUGUGCCCCAGUGAGCGCGAUGCCUCUGUCGGCGUCGGCCGCGCGAGCGCCCUGACGCCGCCGUGCUCGCUCGGCACGCUGGUGCAGCGCGCCAAGGCGCUUCUCCGGGUGCCGCACGUGCAGGUGGCGCUGGCGCCCGGCGUGGCGGCAGACACCCUCGUGCGCUCGAUCGCAGUGUGUGCGGGCUCGGGCGGCUCGGUGCUCCGGGCGUGCCUGGACGUGGACGUGUGGGUCACGGGCGAGAUGGGGCACCACGAGGUGCUCGCGGCGAAUGCGCGCGGCGUGUCUGUGGUCCUUGCGAACCACUCGAACACGGAGCGGCGGUACCUCGCGGAUGUGCUGCAGCCGCGCCUCGCGGCCGACUUGCCGAUGGAUGUGCAUGUGUCGCAGGUGGAUGCGGAUCCGCUGCAGGUUAUGUAG